AUGGCGGCAACGACGAUCAAAUUGAGCAUAAAGCUUUUGAUUGACAGUAAUGCUAAAAAAGUAGUAUUUGCUGAAGUUGAAAAGAAUUUUGUGGAUUUUCUGUUUCACAUUCUUUCACUACCUGUUGGCAGAGUCACUAAGCUUCUUAAGGAAAAAGGAAUGAAUGGAUGUUUACAUAACAUCUACGAAAGCUUCCUCUUCAAUUGUUUAAUUACAAUGUUCCGCAAAAAAGAAAAAAAUGUAUACAAAUGUUCUUCGGCCAAGUGCUCUUAUGUCAUGGAAGGUGUUUACAAGAUUUGCCCGCUUUGUAAGAACUCUAUGUCGAUGGUUGUGCCAGCCACUGACGGGGGUUUUGUGAAGGAGACAGUUAAAUACAUGGUGAUGGAUGACUUGGUCGUCAAGCCACUAUCUGUAUCCAACAUUAUGGGUCACGUUAACGAUGUUGUUGCGCUGCAUGAGGAAGUUGUACAGUUUGGAAUAGAGGAGGCACUGAAGUUGCUGAAAUUAUCCUUGGAGUCGAACACAGUGCUAACAACUCGCUUCACGAGCAGAGUAAAAGUGGAGAAUUAG